AAGAAAGAGAAGAAGGGAAAUGCAGGGGAGGAGAAAAAAAAAAGACAAAUCUGACAAUCCAGGAAUGCUCCUAAAUAGAUACUUUUGUUGUAUAUUGCUGUCGCUAUAAAUUUGGGAGCUAUAGGUGUUUAUGCUGCUGGUAGCAAUGUUUGUGUGGAUGGCAUGUCGUUUUGGGGGGGGGGGGGGGAAAUACCCAUCGCUCUCAUAUUUUCAGACCUCGAAUCACCCGACUAGGACUUUGUGUUUCUUCUUGGUAAUUUUCCUUAAUGCAGAAAUGUUUAAGAGGAAGAAAAGAACAUCUCCUUAUCUCUAUUUUUAUAUAUUUUGCAAAAACUCUUGCAGAAUCACACCUUUCUGUAAACUGAGGUUAGAGAGAAAGUGCUUUCCCAGCGAAGGAUGCCCUCAGAUCAAAGAAGAAAUAGGUCUCUGCCCCGAAGGGUUUCCAAACGGGAGUGUAUAUAGUCUAUCCUACAAAAUACAUUUAGCAAGACGGAUGAUUGAUGGAGAACGAGAGAGAGAAAAUGUAUGCGUUUCCUAUCUUCCAGACUUUAUCCCCCUCUCAAUUAAUGUUAUUUUAAUUAAUAGGGUAGUUCUAACCCUCCUCUCAGAGUAUUUGCAUUUUUUUUUAAACAGGGGGGUGAGUGGGUGCGUGGGUGAAGCUAACUGUCUUUUAAAGGAAUGGGUAAUCCGAAUUAGUUAAUGACAUUUCUAUCGAUCUCAAACGAGCUCUAUCUAUCUUUGCCAGUGGCUGGACUCCCUCCUCAAAACUUAAAACUGGAAACAGAGGACUGGUGCAAAAUAAAGCCAGAAGAAAACUCCUCCUUUCCUCCCAAUCAGCUCCUAUUUGUUGAGAUUGAAUGUGUUGUGUUGUCGAAGGCUUUCAUGGCUGGAAUUACUGGGUUGCUGUCAGUUUUCCGGGCUGCAUGGCUAUGUUCCUGAAGCAUUCUCUCCUGACGUUUCGCCCGCAUCUAUAACAGGCAUCCUCAGUCUGUUGAAAAGUGGGGUUUUUAUAUUUGAGGAAAAUCCAGGUUGGGAGAAAGAACUCUUGUCUGCUUGAGGCAAGUGUGAAUGGUGCAAUUGGCCACCUUGAUUAGCAUUAAAUGGCCUUGCAGCUUCAAAGCCUGGCUGAUUCCUGCUUGGGGAAUCCUUUGUUGAGAGGAAAUCCAAGCAUGAAACGACCAGGACCAGCUAACACCUCCCAGAAAAGGAUUCAGGAGAAAAUAUUUCUGGAAUAUAGCCAUAUAGUCCGGAAAACUCACAGCAACCCAUUAAAUGUGUUGUUCUUUUUCUCUGAUUUUGGGGAGGACCUUGCAAAGGAAGGCGGAAUGUGUAUGUUGCUACUGGCAUUGAUUUUAAACACAGGACCACUUGGAUUUUGUGACUUCUGUAUAGUAGAGAGAUGAUGGGGUACUUGAUGUUUUUGGGACACGAAAUUAUGUAAAUCCUGGCAGAGUGACAAAAAGAGAAACUUUGACUAUGUGUUCCACAAGUCCCGCCUAAGACCUAGGUACACAUUUACUUGAGUGCAACUUCUAUCCAAGUUGUUUGCGUGCAAAGAAGGGAAAAGGACAAGCAUCUCUCUCUCUCCCCCCACCCCAACGCCAUUGCCCUUCUUGAUUAUUUCCUUAUCCGGGAAUCCCAAGCAACCUCUCCAUUGGCUCCCGGGAUCACGUGGGCCUCUAACUUUGUUCAGUUGACGGCAAAAGUAGGAGGUCUCUCCGAAACAGGAAAACGAGUGAGAAGGGGAGGGGAAGGAAGGAAGGGAGCAGGGGGGAGAAGGGGAGGGGGGCUGGCGAGAAAUAGGAAUAAAUUUUAGUAUAUUUUGGGGGUGUGCGUGCGGUGUGAGUGAGCGGGAGCGUGCGUGCGGGCCCUCCCCGCCAAAAAAGGGCCAACAACCACCCCAGAAUUAUAUUAAUGGCCAUCAUGAGUUCCUUCUUGAUCAACUCCAACUAUGUGGACCCCAAAUUCCCACCCUGCGAAGAAUAUUCCCAGCACGAUUACCUUCCCAGUCAUUCUCCGGAGUAUUUCGGCGGCCAGAGGCGAGAGGAGAACUCUUUCCAACACGAGGCGUUGUACCCAGCGCGGUCCGCCUGUAACCAACCUUCCUCCUACCCUCCUUGCCAGGGUCCUGGGCACCAACCCGCCGUCCUAUCUCCCCGCAGCCAGCAUGUCCUUGCUCCCGCUGGACUUCAAAACCAUCUGUCCGAACCAAACCACACUUGCGAAUCCAUCACGCCAAGCCCACCGCCUUCCUGUAGCCAAAACUCUCUCAACCAAAGCCCGUCCGCUUGCAAAGAGCCGGUAGUUUAUCCUUGGAUGAAGAAGGUUCACGUUAGCUCGGUCAACCCUAACUACUCGGGAGGGGAACCGAAGCGCUCCCGGACAGCUUACACCAGGCAGCAAGUCCUGGAGCUGGAGAAGGAAUUCCACUACAACCGUUACCUCACCCGGAGGCGAAGGGUGGAGAUUGCACACUCCCUGUGCCUCUCCGAGCGCCAGAUCAAGAUCUGGUUUCAAAACCGGAGGAUGAAAUGGAAAAAAGACCACAAGUUGCCCAAUACGAAGAUCCGGUCCAAUUCUGCCACCAGCCUGCCCGUGCAAGGCGGGGGAGGAGGAGGAGGAGGAGGAGCCCCCCAGGACCGAACCAAUGGACCCACCCCUACCCCCACCCCCAGCCUAUAACCCUCCUUCGAGUGUGCUCUGUGUGUGUGUGUGUGUGUGUGUGUGCUACGAACUGCUGUGUGAAAGGGUGUGCUAUGGACGCUGUUCCCUGGAGGAAGAAACAGGGGCGCUCUAGGGGAGGGGGCGAGUGGGAACACUAUUUAUAUGAGAGGAGAGGAAACAAAGAAGAAUUGGACUGGGGGGAGAACAGUUUUCUCUUUGGCCGGAAAGGAGGGUUGUGUUGCGGGGUUGGGUGGGAGGGGGCUUUCUCCUCUGUUCUGCAAGAGAUAGGGGUGGGUGGGUUUUUCCCCCUCUCUUUUUGGAUUUGGCUAAGAUGGAUCCCUUUUUCAUCCUUAAUCAAGCCAAACCCGGGCCCAUUUGUCAUGUUUACUCUCGCGUACAAACGAAGGACCUUAUGCCAGCCAUUAGCUCGACAGGCAGAGUCAUCUUUAAUAAAUGAGGCCUGGUUUCACCUAAGGAGAACUGGACUCUCGCUCGCCCCACCAUCCCUCCCACGCCACCCACCAAACCCCUCUCGAAAGCCUCCCCCCAACCCCCCAGGCUCGAGAAAGGUGUUGGCAUCAGUUUGACUCAGCUAUGGACAGUAGAAGUAUGGGAUAAUAAAAUCAUAAACAUCUCUAAACACUGAAAAGGUUUCAUUGGUUAUAUUCCAAUGGAGGGGUGACCGGGUGAAGGAGGGCGGCAACCAAAAAUGAGGAAAGCGAGGGAGAAACAAGCAACCAAAGUAAUGAAAGGACAAAGAAAAAGAAGGAAGUUCUCCAGGUUAGAGGGCUGCUGUGAGUUUUCCGGGCUGUAUGGCCAUGUUCCAGAAGCAUUCUCUCCUGACGUUUCGCCUGCAUCUAUGGCAGGCACUCUCAGAGGUUGUUAGGUAUAUUGGAAACUAAGCAGGAGAGGUGUAUAUGUCUCUGGAAGGUCCAGGGUGGGAGAAAGUGCUCUUGUAUGUUGGAGGCAAGUGUGAAUGUUGCAAUUAAUCACCUUGAUUAGAAUUGAAAAGCCUUGCAGCUUCAAGGCCUGGCUGAUUCCUGUCUGGAAUCACCUCCUUUGUUGGGAGGUGUUAGCUGACCCUGAUUGUUUCAUGUCUGUACUUCCCUUGUUUUCAGAGUGUUCCCUUCUGCAAAAGACAAGAGGGAUUCUCUACCGUAUUCCAUGCAACUUUGGGCAAGUCUGCAUAGGGACCACCAAACAGGAAUCAAGGAACAUGAAAGGCCCUGAAGACUAACUCAACCAGAGAAGUCAGCCAUAGCAGAGCAUUUGAUGAACCAACCUGGACACAAUAUAUGAUUUGAGAAUACAGAAAUGCUGGAUCAUUCUAACGACCACCAUGUCAGACUACACAGAGAAGCCAUUGAAAUCCACAGCCAUGUGGACAAUUUCAACAGAAAGGUGGAAACCAUGAAAAUGAGCAACAUCUGGAGUAUUUAAAAAACCUCUAAAACCAGGACAGCAAAUAAAGAACAACACUCUGAAACAGGGGAAUUCCAGAUAUGAAACAUUCAGGGCCAGCUAACACCUCCCAACAAAGGAUUCCCUUAGGCAGGAAGCAGUCCUGCCUUGAAGCUGCAACGCUUUUCAAUGUGGAUCAAAAUGAUUAAUUGCAGCAUUCACAAUUGCCUUCAACAAACAAGAGUUCUUUCUCCCAACCUGGACCUUCCACAGAUAUAUAAGCCUCCCUUCCCCAAUACCUCACAACUUCUGAGGAUGCUUGCCAUAUUUGUGGGCGAAACGUUAGAACAGAAUGCUUCUGGAACAUGGCCAUACAGCCCGGAAAACUCUCAGCAACCCAGUGAUUCCGGCCAUGAAAGCCUUCCACAGCACAAAGAAGGAAGUUCUCCAGGUUAAUUGCCUAACCUGGAAGACCUGCAUUUCAGUCUAUAAAGCUGAUUAUAACCUCAGGCCAUCUGGGUUCCAGGGGCUAUUAAAACGGAAGGGAGGGGAGGGGAGAGCCUUAGUAAAUAAGGAUGCUCCUCCAAGGUCUUUCCCCCCCUCUUCUUUCUCGAACUGGAUGUGCACAUAAAGAUGGAUUUUUCAGGGAAUUCCCCUGGGAGGACGGAAGAAAGAUGUGUUUUCUAUACUCCCUCCUUUCUUCGCUCUCCCCUUCCCGAGUUGCUCUCCUUUGUAUAAUACGACAUUCCGAAAUGGUGUGAUUCCAGAGAACUUGGUGGAGGGGGGGGGGGGACACACAAAUAACACCCCCCUCCUGUAGUUCUGUAUAAUUACCUCUUGUUGUUUUGUGUGAUAUCCAUGAGAUCAUAUGUGUAUAUAGUGAACCAAAAUGGAAAACAAAGGAAGAAACCCCAACAACCUCGAAAUAAUAAAACAUUUAUUGUGAA